AUUUACAUCGCUUUCCAAAGUCAAAGCAAAUAUACCCUUACAAACCAAUCUUUAAAUAACGUAAUCAGUUUCUCUCUCCAAAAUUAGGCAGACUCGAAGACUAAAUCACCAUAUCAUGGAAGGAUAGCAACUUAAUUUUCAUCAAUAAUGGGAAAUUGUAUGAACGCAUCUGCUGCUGCUACUGCAGAUGCUAAUUCCACCAUCUCUGCUAAUCAAAGCUCCAACACCAGACCUUCUUCCACUACAGGGACUUCGAUUAGUACGAGUAAUGGUGUUGGAACUUCAGCCACAAGUAGCAGCGCCGGCCACAGCCGGUUUUGGGAGGAUACUUCACCAAACGGUGAAGUGUUGCCGGCGGCGGAUUUGAAGGUGUACUCGUACUCAGAUUUGAAAUCUUGCACUCGAAAUUUCAAAUCCGAUAUGGUUUUGGGCGUUGGAGGUUUUGGAACAGUUUACAAGGGUUGGGUGGAGGAAAAGACAAUGUUGCCCUCCAAACAUGGUACAGGAAUGAUGGUUGCUAUCAAGAAAUUGAAUCAUGAAAGUGUUCAAGGCUUUGAAGAAUGGCAGUCAGAAGUGAACUUCUUGGGGCGACUUUCGCAUCCUAACUUGGUGAAGCUUCUUGGGUAUUGUAGGGAGGAUAGAGACCUUCUACUUGUAUAUGAAUUCAUGCAAAAGGGAAGCUUGGAAAACCAUCUUUUUAGACGAAGUUCGGUGGUUGAACCGCUUUCUUGGGAUCUUCGGCUUAAAAUAGCCAUCGGUGCGGCUCGGGGGCUAGCUUUCUUACACAGUUCGGAUGAUAAUGUGAUUUAUAGAGAUAUUAAGGCCUCAAAUAUAUUGCUUGAUGGGAAUUACAAUGCAAAGUUAUCGGAUUUUGGAUUGGCAAAAUUGGGUCCUUCGGGUGGAAUGUCACAUGUAACAACAAGAGUCAUGGGGACAUACGGGUAUGCUGCUCCUGAGUACAUUGCUACAGGUCAUUUAUAUGUGAAGAGUGACGUGUACGGAUUCGGUGUCGUGUUACUUGAGAUGAUGUCUGGAUUACGGGCACUUGACACAAAACGCCCGGGCCCACAACACAACCUAGUGGAAUGGGCGAAACCAAUGCUCCCAAAUAGAAAGAAAAUAAAAACAAUAAUGGAUGCAAGAAUAGAAGGCCAAUAUUCAAGUAAAGCAGCAAUGUUAUUUGCCCAACUUGCCCUUCAUUGCCUUGAAGCCGAACCCCGAAAACGGCCUUCCAUGAAAGAAGUCACGGAAUCCCUCGAGCAGAUAAAUUCUAUGAAGCUUAAGUCCAAAGGAAAGGCCUAAAAUUUUACUCAUUCAUCCUAUUUUUAUAGAAUUUUUUUUUGUAGCAUUUUGGGUUUUUUGUAUUAUUUAUUUUUGGAAAUUUGCAUGUUUUUUGUCUUUUACCUGAAAAGCUAAUGCAGAUUUUUUUUUUCUUGCGGAAAAACCACUAUUAAUUUAAUUUUUUUAUUUUUCAUUUAAAUCGUUAUUUGCCUACUAAAAUUGGUUAGCAUGUUACAAUAAUUUGACCUAGGUAUAUCACACUAGAUUGUUUUAGACUGUUAACCGAUUUUAGUAGGUAAAUAACGACUUAAAUGAAAAACUUAAAAAAUCUAAAUUAUCAAUGGUUUUUCUGCAAAAAACAAAUAAAUUCAUAAUGGCUUUUUCAGGUAAAGACGGAAAAUAUAAGGGCUAUUUUGAAAUUUGUCCAUUAUUUUAUAGCCAUGAUCAUAGAGGGAAUUGAACACCCAAAACUGUAUCGUUUUGGGUGUUGUCUCAGGAAAACUACAUAGAUAGUUGUUGUGUUGUGUUUUUUUUUUUUUUGGGUCCUCAGUUGUUUGUUGUUUUGGGAGUUUCUUUGU